CAUCACCAGCUUUCUAUCACUGCCAUCACCAACGCGUCAUGCAGUCUACCCUUCAGAUCCCACUAGAUAAUCCUUUGGUAUCUGCCCUUCCUCCGUGCGCCGUUGUGUCGCUUUGUUUGCUUGCCUGUCCCUCGUCAAUGCUGCCAUUCCUCCCUCCGUCAUAGGUCCAACCGGCAGCUCAAUCGCCCCAUUUGCGCGCCGCAUCAUCUUCAACCGACAGUGCCUGGCGGUUUCAAACCAUACUGCAGGCUUUGACUUGUGCCGUCCAUCACCAACCAACCGACCCCUCUUCCCCCUCCCAUCUGCCACCCUUCCCCUCCGCAACUGCCGGUUGGCGAUUACAUAUGCCCCCUCCUCGGUCCUCCCAUCUCCUCCGCACUCUGCGUUUCUCACCUCCCCAUCAGUCAACACGCCAAUUUUCCUUGCACGCGCGAGCCAUGGCCAAGGAGUACAAGCUCAAGGACAUCUCGUCCAUCUCCCUCUCCCCCGGCGCGAAGCGCGAGGUCGAAGUCGAGGGCAUACAGGACGGCAAGGUCCUGCUCGUCAACACCGCCGGCAAGGUCCAGGCCGUCGGCGCCAAGUGCACGCAUUACGGGGCGCCGCUCGCAAAGGGCGUCUUGACUAAAGAGGGUCGCUUGACAUGCCCGUGGCAUGGAGCUUGCUUCAACGCCAGAACUGGCGACAUUGAGAACGCGCCCGGCCUCGACUCGCUCCCCGUAUUUUCGGUUUCCGAGCGCGAUGGCGCCGUAUACGUCACAGGCGAAGAGUCCGCCAUCAAAGGCUCCCGCAGGCGCCCCAACUUUACCUGCAGCGCCUCCUCCGUGAGCACAGACCAGGGCAAGGUCGUGGUCGUGGGUGGCGGCUCAGGCGCCCUAGGUGCCGUCGAAGGCCUCCGCGAAGCCGGCUACAAGGGCGCCAUCACCGUCAUUUCCAACGAGGGCUAUCUCCCCAUCGACCGCCCGAAGCUCAGCAAGGCUCUCAUGACGGACACGGCUAAGCUGGCCUGGCGUGACAAGGCCUGGUUCGAGAGCGGGAGCGUCGAUUGGGUCGACGACGAGGCCACCAGCGUUGACUUUUCUGAGCGCAAAGUCUCGACAAAGGCGGGCAGCAACAUCUCCUACACCAAGCUCAUCCUGGCCACAGGUGGAUCGCCGCGGUCACUCCCGCUGCAAGGGUUCAAGGUCUUGGAGAACAUCUUUGUCCUCCGCAAUGCCCACCACGCCAAGGCCAUUGUCGACGCCAUCGGCGAAAAGGACAAGAAGAUUGUCGUCAUCGGAUCGUCCUUUAUCGGCAUGGAGGUGGCUGUGGCAACGUGCGCCGACAACACGGUCACGGUCGUUGACAUGGCCAAGACGCCGCUGGAGCGCGUUCUCGGCGAGAAAGUCGGCGCGGGCAUCCAGAAGCUCGUCGAGGGCAAGGGCGUCAAGUUUUACAACGGCGCAGGCAUCGACAAGGCGGAGCCGUUGGGGUCCGACCCCUCCAAGGUGGGCGCCGUGUGUCUCAAGGACGGCACCCGGCUCGAGGCCGACCUGGUCAUCCUGGGCGUCGGUGUGGCUCCCGCGACCGAGUUCCUGCGGGACAACAAGGUGCUGCGCCUGGAGCAGGACGGCUCCGUGGCGACGGACGAGAACUUCCAGGUGACGGGCCUCAAGGACGUAUACGCCAUCGGCGACAUCGCAACGUACCCGUACCACGGCCCCGGAGGCGACGGCAAGUCGGUGCGAAUCGAGCACUGGAACGUGGCGCAGAACGCGGGGCGGGUGGCCGCGGCGCACAUUGCCAACCCUUCUGCACCCAGCGUGUCCUUCAUCCCCAUCUUCUGGUCCGCGUUGGGGGCGCAGAUGCGGUACUGCGGCAACGUGAACAACGGCUGGGACGACUUGGUGCUGCGCGGCGACCCGGCCGAGGCCAAGUUCGUCGCCUACUACACCAAGGGCGACGCGGUGGUGGCCAUGGCGAGCAUGGGCAUGGACCCAGCCAUGGCGCAGAGCGCGGAGCUAAUGAAGCUGGGCAAGAUGCCAAGCAAGAGCCAGCUGCAGGGCGGGUUGGACGUGAUGGAUGUCGGCGUGCCGGCGUGAGCAAUUGGACAGCAUAGGCGACGAGAGGCAGUGGCAAUAGGCGCCGGCGUUGGUCAAGUACCUAGGUAGGUAUAUAUACGGUCAUGUAUUUAAUCACGCAAACUAGCACAUGUGAUGGCCGACGUCUCUCCAAUGCUGGUUGAUGCCAAGUCAACGGGCAGAACAGACGGCUGAUGUGCUCCCUGCCCGGUAGCUUACAGGAUGAUGGACAUUGACUCCUUGUCUCAUUAAUCUAUAGCUCAAAUAUAUG